GUACGAAAAUACUUAUCUUACAUUUCAGAGAUUUAAUUCCUUAUAACUAAAAUUCUAAUAGUUUAAUUAAUAUAGGUAAUAUUUUACAAAAAAUGUAAAUACAAAUAACACCUUAUAUUAUUAAAGAUUUACCACUUUCUUCUUGAGACAAGCAAUAGAUAUUAAUACAAAUUAAAUAUUAUACUACUUAAUAUUAAAAUGGUAACAUGAAUCAUUCACAUUCAUUAAUUUUAUUCAUAAAUCUUGUAGUCUGUAGAUACAACUAUAUAAGAUACCUAUCAAUUCAAAUUAAAAUACCUAAUCAUUUGUGUUCUUUGAUCACAAACCCGGUUAUAGAUAGAAUCGUAGAACUACGGACUUUAGUGAUAAGAUAACUCUACUUUGAUAACCCUACCAUAAUAAUACAAUUAUAAAUUAUUGCAAUACCCUUUGAACUGAUAUGUGCAUUGCCAGUUUCAAGUUUGUUACGUUUCCUAUUUUGAUUGGCAUUGUAUUUCCUGGUUUGGCUACAGACUAGUCUGAAUUUCUUUAAUUCUUUUUACAAUAAUACAAUCUGAUUACAAAAAAUGAUUUUGAGUAACAUUUUAAGGAAUUCUAAGAAUAUUGGCCCAAAGGUAUGUACUUAGUUAAUUCACUGUAAACUUAAACUAAUUUAAAAACAAAAUAUUUUUUUUAUUUUUUCAUCAUAAGGUCAAUGGAUGUAGGUUGCAAAGCACAUUAAUAAUUGCUGAACAUGACAAUGAGAAACUUGCGACAGUUACACGUAAUGCACUAACAGCAGCAAAAAAACUUGGUGGCGAAGUAUCUGUACUUGUAGCCGGCACUAAAAUCGGAUCGGUACAUAUAUUUAAAUCAUUUUCUUAAGCAUUUAACAUAAUGUCUUAUUAAACUUAAAUCCAAUAAAUAUACCUAUAUAGUAUUUAUUAGAAACAUAUAUUAAUUAGCCUUUACAAAUCAUUUCAGUAAUUUCUUUUGUUAUGUCAAGGUUAAAUACAUAAUAUUGUUCUAAGGUUAUAUAAUAGGUCUUGAAUAAAAAAAAUGUAAAAAUAUUAAAAGCCACCUAAUACAAUUGCGUCCCGUCUAAACAAUGUCAUGCCAAUUGAAUUUUCGAUUUUACCUUUUCAAGCCAAGAUACGACUGGUUUAGAAGUGUAUGCUCCCGAAUUGAGUUUUAUUCACAAAUGCUGUCUGGUUCUCUGGGUCAAAACUAAACUUAAAAAUAUUGGAAAAUGCUUAGACAUUUUUUAUUGACCUAAUAAAACACUAAAAAGUCAGAGUUUUGAUUUUUAACCCAUUUAAACGAAAUCACUUUUAGGUAGGUUAUAAAAAAAUUGUUAAAAUCUCAUAUAUUUUUCCGGUAAAUUGGAAAAUAAAAAUUCUGACAGCAAUAAAAGUUUGUACGGUAAGGAAGGGAAAGGGAAAAUAUAGAUUGGUUUUUUUGAUACUUUUACCCCAUAACCAGAUUUUCAGAGAUCAACAUUUUUUUAAGCCCACGAACACAGUUCUAAACCGGUCAUAACUUAGUAAAAAAAUCAAAAAAUUAGCCAGUCAACUAUGUAUGUGUUUUACUUAUCAUAAUUAUUUUAUUUACUUUUUUAAAUUAAUAGGUAGUAGAAGAAGUGACCAAAGUAUCUGGUGUAGCUAAAGUACUAAAAAUGGAAGGUGAUGAAUUUAAAGGAUUUCUCCCAGAAGUUUUAGCUCCAUUAGUAUUAGCUACACAAAAAAGAAUUAGUGCCACACAUGUGUUAGCUGGCUCCAGUGCUCAAAGUAAAUCUCUCUUGCCUCGAGUAGCUGCAUUAUUAGAUGUCUCUCCAGUUACUGAUGUAAUUGACAUCAAAUCUCCUGAUACAUUUGUUCGAACAAUUUAUGCUGGUACAUUUUUUUAUAUUACUUAAAAUUUCUGUUCUAAUGUAUUACCAUAUUUGACUGUCAUGCCGUAUGCACUCUACCAAUAAUAUAAUAUAUUAAUAAUUUAGUUUAUAUUUUUAAAUGCAUAUAAUUAAUGUUUAUUUUGUUAAAAAAUAUAUAUAUUUUUUUUUCCUUAUCUCUUAUAAAUGCUGAAAACAAGAAUUUAAGCUUUCCCACCAUAGUUCGAUAAGGUUUCUGUAAAUUAUUAAAUAAUUUAAUAAACUAGAGUCCAAAUAAAAGUAUAAAUAAUUAAAUUAAGAUUUUUCAGAAGACAGCAGACUUGAUAAGUUGGCCACCAGUAGAGAGCAUAUAGCAUAAUAACCCACCAUUUUAUUUUUUAAACAUUUUAGAUAGGUAGUUAGAUACAUAUAUUAGUACUCAAUAAACUACAGUACAUAUUAUUAAGUUAAUUUUUUUGUUCAUAAGGUAAUGCUAUUUUGACUUUAAAAUCCCUGGAUGCUGUAAAAGUCCUUACUGUACGAAGUACCAGUUUUGAAGCUGCUGCUGAUGGUGGUUCUGGUACUAUUGAAGAUGCUGUACCGGCAGGUGGUUAUGAAAAAGGAACUGGUUCUGAAUGGAUCAGUCAAGAAUUAAGUAAAACUGAUCGACCCGAUUUAGCAUCUGCAAAAAUAGUUGUAUCUGGAGGUUUUAUAAAUAAAUUUCUGAAAAAUAUCCCAUUAUAAAAAUAUUUAAUGUCUUCUUAUUUUUUUAGGGCGAGGUGUCAAAUCUGAAGAAAAUUUCAAGAUGAUCUAUGAUCUUGCUGACAAAAUGGGUGCUGGUGUUGGAGCUUCACGUGCAGCUGUUGAUGCUGGUUUUGUUCCAAAUGACAUGCAAAUUGGACAAACUGGGAAAAUUGUUGCUCCAGUUAGUUAUUAUAUUGUGCUAAAAAAAUUACGGUUCCUAUUAAAACAGAAAUUAUGUAUAAUUAUAGGAAUUAUACUUAGCCAUUGGUAUUUCUGGUGCCAUUCAACAUUUAGCUGGCAUGAAAGAUUCAAAAACAAUUGCGGCUAUUAAUAAGGAUCCUGAUGCACCAAUUUUCCAAGUAGCAGAUUAUGGAUUAGUUGCCGACUUAUUCAAAGCUGUUCCUGAAAUGAUUGAAAAAAUAAAAUAAUGGUUUUUGUUAAAUUGUUAAUUUUUUAAAUUUUAAGUGUUUGUUACACUCAUUAUUCAAGGUGAUGAGAUAAAUUAAUUAAGUGUUCUAUAUACAGGAAACAAAUUUAUAAUGUAUAAAUAUUGAAAAUUAUAAUUUGUUCAUUAUUUGUAUAUAAAUAUUUAAAUAUUUUUAAAAUAGCUAUUUUUUUGAAAAAUAAAAUAUGUUUCUUACUGACGAUAUAUUUUAUAUUUAUUUCAUUAUUAGUUAGUCCAACACAGAAUUAAAAUGUAUAAAUUAAUAAGUUUAUUAAUGAUUUAAAUAC